UUUAUUUUCACAUUGGAGUUUUAUCGAACCUACACCAUUUGUAAUUAAACUAUCAAGCCUUCGAUAGCUCAGUUGGUAGAGCGGUGGACUGUAGUGGAAUACAAUUUGUAGACAUCCAUAGGUCGCUGGUUCAAAUCCGGCUCGAAGGAAUUUACUUUUUUUCGCUGAAAUUUUUGUUUUUAUUUAUCUCAGAUUUAUUUUGUGUUAGUAAAAUCUAUAAGAAUUUCCAGUGUAAUUUUACCCUGGGUUAUCCCCAUGGUUGUUUAGAACCGGCUAAUCCAAUUGUAGAUAACCAUUAAGGUAAUUUGAAGAAGAAAAGAUUAUACAUAAACCGUGAAAUAAUAGGGAACUUUCACUUUGCAAAAAAAAGGAAAUUCCCGGGGUAUGCUGGCUUGAAGCGUCAUUGAGUUUUUGUCAUCACAUGAAAAUAAACCUAAUUAUCUUAAACAGAAGUUAAGUUCACGAUCUGGGCUAUCGCGGUUCGCAGUGAACGUAGUAAACAUGAACAAUGUAAAAUGUUAUUGUGUGGUUAUCGUGUUAUUUGGAAUUAAUGUAUCAAGCUUUGAAGUUUCAUCACUAGAUAUAGAAUGCGUACCAUUAAAAAAUUGCUCAUUACUGAUGAAUAAUAUUUUGGCUCAAGGGCGCAUUUCAUCGGAAAGUAUUUUGAAAUUUUUAAAUUCGAUUAUAUGUGGUGUAGAUGAUAAAAAUCCAAAGAAAGUGAAAGUAUGGUGUAAUCAUUUUAAAAACUGUAAAACGUCAGAAUCUAGAAAGGGCAUAUGGUCUAAUAUACAAGAUGCCGGAAAAGUUCGUGAGAAAAGAUCUCAUCAUCCUCGGUCAAUGUCCCGUCAUAGGCAUUUUCACGAUAAUCAUUUUGGAUUUUUCAAUGAGCGGCAAUUUAACGAAAACGAAACGGAAAAUGAUAAUGAUUAUCAAUCACCCUUUAAAGGAGGCAAUGACAAGCAUAAUCAUAGACCUGUUGGACAUUGGUGGAAACAUCAAUUACUUGAUGCAGAAAAAAAGGAUGAAGAUAUAUGUUUUACUCCAGGCAAUUUAAAAGGAUUUUGCAAAGAAAUUCAUCAGUGUUCGAAUAUCGUAAAUAUUUUAAAAUCUCCAAAUCGUUUGGAUAAUAAAGCUGUAGAAUAUUUGAAAAAAUUCAAAUGUCAAGGCAGUACUCAAAGUAUUAUAAAGGUUUGUUGUCCUGAGGAACAAAUUAUCAUGCCAGACGUUAAUCCACCAGUAAUUGAAACCAGAGUCAAGACAACUGUGGAUAACAACUUAGAAUGUGGUCGUGCCAUGAUAACAGACAGAAUCGUAAGCGGAACUACAGCCAGCCUUUCUGAAUUUCCGUGGACAGCUUUAUUGCAAUACAAUACGUCGAAAGGCUUUAUUAAUGGUUGCGGAGGUAGUGUAAUAAAUAAAAGAUAUGUAAUUACAGCUGCGCAUUGUGUGAAUGAAGAUAUUUUAGGAAAAAAUGGUUUACAAUCCCUAAAUAGACUAGUACUAGGUGAAUACGAUACAAGAAACGAAACUGACUGCAUUUAUACAAAAUUUGGCAGUGACUGUGCUGAUCCACCAGAAUACUUCAAUUUUGAACGUAUUAUUGUACACGAAUCGUUUAGUUCAAAUGGAACUGCUAAUGAUAUUGCCCUAAUCAGAGUUGACAGGGAUAUUCAAUUUACUAACUAUAUAAAACCAAUUUGUUUGCCAGCUGGAAGUUCUUUUAGGUUGAAAGGUAAUGAGAACUUCUCCAUUACAGGUUGGGGUAGAACUGAAUCUGGAAAUGUAAGUCCUGUGAAAAAAAAGGCCAGGCUGCCAUUUGUUGAUAAAGCUAGAUGUAGUCAAUUAGGUCCACUUGGUGCUGGACAAAUGUGUUUGGGAAGUGAUAAAAGAGUUGAUAGUUGUAAAGGGGAUUCUGGAGGUCCUGUUAUGAACGCAGCUGUCUCAGAAGGUGAAGUAGUAACCACUCUUGUUGGUAUCAUAUCUUAUGGUUUUGGAACUUGCGGUACUACUACAAGUGUUUGUACUUACGUACCAUUUUAUUUGGACUGGAUUUCUCAUAAUUUGGAAGAAUAAGAUAAUAUAAUUUCUUGUAUUAACGUAUCGAGUGUAUCGAGUAUUGAGUUUUUUUACAUAAUUGAAAUAAAAUUUUGACACUGGUA